GUGUGAAGAACUCGUCCAUGACCCAAACUGUCAACUUUCCCUCAUCACGCAUACUAGCGUCCCACGCACACACGCACAUACUGUGGCGCGCACUCUGUCUCUCUUUCUAUCUUCAAUCAAAUCGGAGCGGAAUGGCGGGUGGCUUUGUCGGAUAUUCCAGAAGCUCCAGCAGCCGUACCGUCGUGCGAGUCGUGGUUGCUGGAGACCGCGGCACCGGGAAAUCGAGCCUGAUCGCAGCAGCUGCCUCCGAAUCCUUCCAAGAGAACGUCCCUUCAGUCCUCCCUCCCACUCGCCUUCCCGCCGAUUUCUUUCCCGAUCACGUUCCCGUCACCCUCAUCGACACCUCCUCCAGCCUGGAGAAUAGAGGUAAGCUUAACGAAGAACUGAAGCGAGCUGAUGCCAUCGUGUUAACAUAUGCCUGUGAUCAACCUUUGACGCUUAGUCACCUGAGCUCUCACUGGCUCCAUGAACUUCGUCGCUUGGAGGUAAAGGUACCGGUUAUUGUUGUUGGUUGUAAACUAGAUUUGCGAGAUGAGAACAACCAGAUGAGCCUGGAGCAGGUCAUGUCACCAAUCAUGCAAAAGUUCAGGGAAAUUGAGACAUGUAUUGAAUGUUCCGCAGCUACCAUGAUUCAGGUCCCCGAAGCUUUCUAUUAUGCCCAAAAAGCGGUACUUCAUCCAACAAGCCCAUUGUUCGACCAAGAAAACCAAUGUUUAAGAGAACGAUGUUCAAGGGCAUUAAGAAGGAUAUUUGUACUUUGUGAUCAUGACAUGGAUGGAGCCCUGAAUGAUGCUGAGCUGAAUGAAUUUCAGGUUAAAUGUUUUAAUGCUCCGCUGCAGCCUGAUGAAAUAUUGGUUGUUAAAAGGGUUGUUCAUGAGAAGAUACCUGCUGGAGUUAACCAGCUUGGCCUUACCCUUACAGGGUUCCUUUUCCUCCAUGCUCUUUUCAUUGAAAAAGGCCGUAUUGAGACCACUUGGGCUGUCUUGAGGAAAUUUGGCUAUGAUGAUGAUCUAAAACUCAGGGAUGAUUUUUUUCCUGUUCCAUCUAAGCGAGCUCCUGAUCAGAGUGUGGAGUUGACAAGUGAAGCUGUGGAGUUUCUGAGUGGUGUCUUCCGGCUGUUUGACACUGACGAUGAUGGAGCCCUACAACCCACUGAGCUUGAUGAACUAUUUUGUACUGCUCCAGAAAGUCCAUGGGAUGGGGCUCCUUAUAAGGAUGCAACCGAGAGAACAGCACGGGGUGAUAUAUCACUUGAUGCCUUUCUAUCUCAGUGGGCUCUUAUGACAUCACUAGAUCCACAACAUAGUUUGGCCAACUUAGUAUAUAUUGGAUAUGGUGGGGAUCCUGCUUCAGCGGUUCGUAUCACAAGGAGAAGAUCAGUAGAUCGUAAAAAGCAAAGAACAGAGAGAAAUGUUUUUCAAUGCUUUGUUUUUGGUCCUAGAAGUGCUGGAAAAUCUUCUCUAUUGAAUUCAUUACUAGGAAGGCCUUUAUCCAAAAUUAAUUCAGCAACUGGCGAGCAUUAUGCAGCAAAUGUUGUUGACCAGCAUGGGGGGUGUAAGAGGACUCUUAUAUUGCGAGAGAUACCAGAAGAUGGAGCUAAAAAGUUUUUGUCUAAUCAGGAAUUUUUGGCUGCUUGUGAUGUAGCUGUCUUUGUCUAUGACAGUUCAGAUGAAAAAUCAUGGAAAAGUACAAAAGAGCUUCUGCUGAAUGUUGCUAGGCAUGGAGAAGAAAGUGGUUAUGGAGUGCCGUGCCUCCUAAUUUCUGCUAAGGAUGAUCUAGAUCCACAUCCAGUGGCAAUACGAGAUUCAUUAAAGGUAAGUCAGAAAUUAGGAAUAGAGGCACCCAUUCCUUUGAGCAUGAAAUUGAGCAAUCCGCACAAUAUAUUUGGUAGAAUUAUAAGUGCAGCUGAACAUCCACAUUUGGGCAUCCCUGAAACUGAGACUGGAAGAAAGCGCAAGCAGUACCAACAGCUUGUUAAUCGAUCUCUCAUCUAUGUCUCGAUUGGGGCUGCUGUUACUGUUGUCGGACUGGCUGGAUACCGUGCCUAUGCUGCUAGCAGGAGCACUUCGAAUUAAGCAUUAGGAGUCUGUCCAUCAAUAAACUUCUGCUGUGCCACUGCUGCAACUUCAAUAAAUGGUUCGUUUGUCUAGCUUUGCCUUUUUUUUUUUUUUUGGCAAACAGAUCUUGCUGGCCAUUCUGAAAACAAAGAUGUAUACCUAACAAUAUUAGCAAUUUAUUCUCCAAGGUAUAUUAUCCUUUUCAGAAUCAA